UCCAUCCUUUCCCAUUAUUAAUUCUUCACCUCGCUUCCAUCAUCAUUAUGGCGCCUAUUACCCCCCACAGCAAGGUCAAGGUCGUAUUGACCGGCUUUGAGCCUUUUGGCAAACAUUUGACAAACCCUUCAUGGCUGUCCGUCCAACCUCUCAAUUGUAAUACUUUACAACUGCCCCCUCACUCCGAGCAGGAUCCCAAGCAUCAUAAAGCUACAGAAGCAUAUAUCGUGUGCCAGGAGUUGCCAGUCGAAUACCGUAAGGUUCCUGAUCUCGUGCCGGCCUUACAUGCUCAGCACAGCAGAAACAAGCAAGCGGAGGAAGAAUCUGAGGAUUUUAUAAAGACUUACUAUAUUCAUGUUGGCGUUGGUCGCGAUGGACAUACUGCGAUUGAAACACAGGCCCAUCGAGUCGGUUACUCCCAUCCAGAUAAUUCGCAGUGGAAUCCGGAAUCAAAAGAUAUUCCUCCUGUUUCUAGAGAUGCUUGGUCUAAUGAUCCUGAGCGCCUGACUACAACUAUCGACACUGAAGCGUUGGCUGAAUACUUAAAGACCGAGAAAGGCUGGAUUUGUGAAAAAAGCAUGGAUGCUGGGUUAUAUCUUUGUGAAUAUACAUUUUACUUGAGCAUGGCUGAGAGACACAGAAGAAUUCAAGCAGGAGAGGAGGGUGAGGACGAGCGAGCUUGUUUAUUCGUGCAUCUUCCUUCGGUUGGUAACCCAUACUCACUAGAGGAACUUCAACAGUUCGUCAAGGACAUGGUUAUUGCAGUUGUCACUCAAUAUUAGAAGUACUGUCCUGGC